AUGCCACAUUUAACAGAAGCUGAGUGCAACCAAAUUAUUAGUCUAUUUAAAGGUGGCACUAUAAGAAACCACAUUAUUGAAACACUUGACUUUUCAAAAACAACAGUUUACCGAACUAUUCAAACCUUUUGUGAAGGAAAAG